GUCGCCGCCAUCAGAUCACCUGGCAACGCCCCGCGUCUUCUGGUUCGCCUGGUGUCUCUCCCACCUCGCGCUGACAGCCGAUAAACCCUAGCCCAACCCGCCUUCCCUCGCCCAUUCCACUCCCUUCGUCCGAUUCGAGGAGGCCAACGGAGGGGCUAGGGCAUGGCGACCGAUGGGCAGCUCAGGGAGUGGGUCUCCGACAAGCUCAUGAGCCUCUUGGGCUACUCCAAGAACGUCGUCGUCCAGUACGUCAUCAGGCUCGCGAAGGAGUGCUCUUCAACGGGUGACCUCGUGGGUAAGCUCGUCGAGUUCGGGUUCACCUCGUCUGCGGAGACCCGUGCCUUCGCGUCGGAUGUCUACGCCAAGGUUCCCCGCAGGGCCAGCGGCAUCAGUAAUUACCAGAAGCAGGAGAGGGAGGCGGCAAAGCUUGCCCAGAAACAGAGCACUUACAAGCUGUUGGCCAACGAGGAUGAUGAUACCGACAACCAGACACCAACAAGUCAAAAGACCUCAAGAAAUCCAUCAUCUAAGAGUCGGAAGCAUUUCAGGAGGAAAGCAGAUCAAGACAGUGGUGAUGAUGAAAUAGUGGCAAAAGAUUCUGGAAGGAACGUCCGUCAGCGAACAGAAGAGGAGGAUGAAGAAAGUGGCGAUGGAAGUUCUGAUGAAGAGAAAGAAAGGAUUAGAGAUCAGCAGGAAAAGGCCCAGCUAGAAAGGAACAUGAGAGAAAGAGAUGCGGCUAACACAAGGAAGUUGAUGGAGCGACAAUUAUCUAAGGAAGAACAAGAAGAGCUUACUAGAAGAUCUCAAGCAAUGGACAAGAAUGACACAUCUGAUCUGAGAAAAUUCUCAAGGCAAGCAUACCUGCAAAAGCGCCGGGACAAAAAAAUUGAGGAAAUUCGUGAUGAAAUUCUGGACCACCAGUACAUUUUUCAGGAUGUGAAACUAACAGAGGCAGAAGAAAAGGAGUUGAGAUACAAGAUGAAGAUAUAUGAUCUUGUCAAGGAACAUGUUGAGACUCCUGAUGAUGUUGGUGAGUACAAAAUGCCUGAAGCUUAUGACAUGGGUGAAAAUGUCAAUCAAGAAAAGAGAUUCUCUGUGGCCAUGCAGCGGUACAAAGAUCCUGAGGCCAAGGAUAAAAUGAACCCUUUUGCUGAACAGGAAGCGUGGGGAGAACACCAAAUAGGAAAAUCGAAACUGCAAUUUGGAUCCAAAGAUAAGAAGCCGUCUUCAGAUGAGUAUCAGUAUGUAUUCGAAGAUACAAUUGAUUUUGUUAAAUCAUCAGUCAUAGUAGGAACCCAGCCUGAAGACGAUUCAGAUAAAGAGGACAUUGAAGCAAAAGAUAUUUUGAAAAGGGAGCUCCAGGAUGAGCGAAAGACGCUUCCAGUUUUCAAAUUUGGGGAUGAACUGCUUAAGGCUGUAGAAGAGUAUCAGGUUAUCGUCAUAGUGGGCGAGACCGGGUCCGGUAAAACAACACAAAUACCUCAGUACCUUCAUGAGGCUGGGUAUACUGCGAAAGGAAAGGUUGCAUGUACUCAACCUCGUCGAGUGGCUGCCAUGAGUGUUGCAGCAAGAGUAUCUCAAGAAAUGGGUGUUAAACUUGGACAUGAGGUUGGUUACUCUAUAAGAUUUGAGGAUUGCACUUCAGAUAAAACAAUUAUUAAGUACAUGACUGAUGGAAUGCUUCUAAGGGAGUUCCUUGGUGAACCAGAUUUGGCUAGCUACAGUGUUGUCAUGGUGGAUGAGGCUCAUGAGCGUACCCUUUCCACGGAUAUCUUAUUUGGUCUGGUGAAGGAUAUUUCUCGUUUUCGACCAGACCUGAAGUUGCUCAUUUCGAGUGCCACGCUUGAUGCAGAAAAAUUUAGUGACUACUUCGAUUCAGCUCCUAUUUUCAAGAUACCUGGGAGGCGAUACCCUGUUGAAAUUCAUUAUACAAAAGCCCCAGAGGCUGAUUACAUAGAUGCAGCAAUUGUCACUGUUUUACAGAUACAUGUGACACAACCCCCUGGAGAUAUCCUGGUGUUUCUUACAGGUCAGGAGGAAAUUGAAACAGUUGAUGAAAUCCUUAAACACAGAACAAGGGGCUUAGGCACCAAAAUUUCAGAAUUAAUUAUAUGUCCUAUUUAUGCAAAUCUGCCUACCGAGCUUCAAGCUAAGAUAUUUGAGCCAACCCCCGAGGGUGCCCGUAAGGUGGUUCUGGCCACUAAUAUAGCUGAGACUUCACUAACCAUUGAUGGUAUAAAGUAUGUUAUUGAUCCAGGCUUUUGUAAGAUCAAAUCAUACAAUCCCCGCACAGGAAUGGAAUCUCUACUUAUUAAUCCUAUCUCAAAAGCUUCAGCAAACCAGAGGGCAGGAAGGUCUGGACGCACUGGACCUGGAAAAUGCUUCCGUCUAUACACGAGUUAUAACUACAUGCACGACCUAGAAGAUAAUACUGUUCCAGAGAUCCAACGAACCAAUCUUGCGAAUGUUGUGCUUACACUCAAGAGUCUUGGUAUUCAUGACUUGGUUAACUUUGACUUCAUGGAUCCACCUCCAUCAGAAGCCCUGUUAAGGGCUCUGGAACAACUUUUUGCUCUCAGUGCACUCAACAGUCGUGGAGAGUUGACUAAGACUGGAAGAAGAAUGGCAGAAUUUCCACUGGAUCCUAUGUUGUCGAAGAUGAUUGUUGCUUCAGAGAAAUAUAAGUGUUCUGAUGAGAUCAUCUCCGUUGCAUCCAUGUUGUCAAUUGGCAAUUCUAUAUUUUAUCGUCCGAAGGACAAACAAGUUCAUGCAGAUAAUGCAAGGUUGAACUUCCACACUGGCAAUGUUGGGGACCAUAUAGCACUACUAAAUGUGUAUAAUUCUUGGAAAGAAACAGACUAUUCGACUCAGUGGUGUUAUGAAAACUAUAUACAGGUGCGCAGCAUGAAGAGGGCAAGGGAUAUUCGGGAUCAACUAGAGGGGCUUAUGGAAAGAGUUGAGAUUGAGAUUUGCUCAAAUGCCAGUGAUUUAGAUGCUAUUAAAAAAGUUAUAACAUCAGGUUUCUUCCAUCAUUCUGCACGGUUGCAGAGGGAUGGUACAUAUAAGACUGUCAAGAACCCUCAGACCGUACAUAUCCAUCCUAGUUCAGGAUUAGCAGAGAUACGUCCGCGGUGGGUAGUAUACCACGAAUUAGUUCUCACAACAAAGGAGUUUAUGCGCCAGGUGACAGAACUGAAGCCUGAAUGGCUGGUAGAGAUAGCACCACAUUAUUACCAACUAAAGGAUGUGGAAGACUCUGGAACAAAGAAGCUACCAAAGGGCCAAGGACGAGCUGCAUUGUAGGCUUGUAGCUAGGACCCAUGGAUGUUUUGUGUUGGCUUCAGCCUAGGAGCAUCAGGCUGAGUGAAGAUGUAUAUAACUCCUUAUAUUGUGAACACGAUAGAUGAUGUCACUAUUCAUUGUCUUGCUUAGGUUUUAGAGUAGCUGAUUGUUCAUGUAAAUUUUAGAGUAGCCUCUCGCAUCGAAUCUUUGUAUGGAUGUUUAUUCUCUGAUAACACAGAUUUUCGUAUUAGUCAUCUUAUGUAUUGACUGAUCACAUGUCUUGUGCUGUUACGUGUACCUUUAUGUGAGCAUUCUCAAAAUAUUGUAACUCAUAAUGUAUGAUGGAUGUGCCUUUUGUCUAUCAGUUAGAUUUUCCUUGCUGCCAGAUGUUUCUGAAUGAACGGUAGUCCUAUUUACAAUCGGAUAUGCAGUUUUUUGACUGCAUGAACUAACUUCCUGUAUGAGAUUCUGUAUUGUGUAUUUUCAGACAAUGCUUGUGUAAUUCCUGGUUGCUAGAAGGUUUUCUAAACUAGAUGAGCGGUUCCGGUUGUUUAUAAUAAUUGAAUAUGCCAUUCAGAUUUCACACCGAUUUUGUCAUACUGACUAUCAAUCUCCUAUCUCAUGCAGAGUUACUUUGGUGCUUCUCUGACUGUAUCAACCUGAAACUCAGAACUCAAGUUCAGUGCUUUUCUGUUCUUGACAUUGACACUGGGUACACAAUGUAUUAUGAAGCCCUCAAGUAUCUCAAAAAGGGUGGACGAGGGAGAGGUUCUUCCUCGGGUGGCGUCAUCAUUAACAUAAGCGCAAUGCUGCAAUACACUGCAGCUUGAUACCAAAUUCAUGUCUCUUCUAACAAGGCAGGUGAUCAUUGGCUCUGGAAUGGGGAACAGAUUACGGCAUUAGAGUAAAUGGAAUUGCACCUGGGCCAAUUCAAGACACUCCAGGAAUGAGGAAACUUGCACCUGAAGAAAUGGGCAAGGGGAAACGAGAAACGAUGCCAUUAUUUAAGCUUGGGGAGAAAUGGGAUGGCCGGACUCUAUCUAGCUUCUGAUGCAGGUUAGCCACAUGGCUGUGUUCUUCCCUGUUUUCUACCAAGAUUAUCAGAAGGCGUUAUACACAGAAUUUCAGUUAGUACUGAGCAUCCGCUUAUCUGAAAGUUAGCCAGAAGCCUUUGUGCCCAUACUUAUUAAACUAACAACCUUUUUGUUUUAUAUUCAUGCAUGCCUUUUAAGUAGUCAUUAGUCAAUGUAACCACCGUGGUUGAUCUGUAAUAAGUUUUAGCUUCAUGUUGAUGAAGAAAAAGAAAAUAGCCUCACCUGAAAACCUAGCCAUUUUUCUUUGAUUGAUGAUUAAAACCAGACAUUUGAUGUGUUGUACAAUCUGAUUUCUCUACUCCUAAAAAGAGAAACCUGGAAUGUAUCGUUUCUUAGAAAUUCCUAUAAACCAGCGUAUAAUGUCUCUUUAACUUUUUUUAUUAAAAAGUAUUGUGACUAGAAUAUUCAUCGGUGUUAUAUUCUUCUUUUAUUGUAAGUAGUUGAGAUAGAGUGAUGACAGGUCCUUUCAUAUUUGGGUUAAUGAAAAAUAUGAUCUAGAGGAUGCUCAGACCUGAAGUUUUAGCUUUAUGGCAUAUCUUUCCAUGGUCGACAAGCUUCCUAAAUAGUUAAUUCUUUUGUUACAGUAUCUUGACUGAGCUUUCUUCUAAGGAUCCAUUAUAUUGAUAUCUCUAUAAAAAUAUUUGUUGACAUGAUUUCAUUAUGAAUCUUUUGAUUUUUGGCAACCGUUUUGUGGUCUGUGUUUAGAUCUCUUAUUCACUUCUCUGCACUCAAAUUCUGUAACAACAGAUUGAACCAUGCACUCACUAUAUGGUAGAGUUCUAAGCACCAUGUCCCUGCUACAAAUUGCACUUGACAUGUGUUUCCAGUGACCUUCAGGCCAUUACUGCUACAAAAUGCUUCUUGUACCAGCUUUGUUGGCGGAGAUGUACGUGAAUUUCCUGCAGAUGUGCUACCUGACCUCGAGCACCCUUGUUUUGAUUUGUUUACAAAGCCGUUUAGCUCUACUGUAGCCUUGCAGGUACUUAAUUUCAAUGACAUGGCAAUAUAUUUCUUUUGCAAUUCUUACCAUUUUUCUCCUCUUGAGCAACUUUGAGCUCACAAAAGACACUACCAGGCACUUGCCCUUGGUCUUGUAUCUCAAACAGUGAGCAUUCAUUCCAUUAAAAGAAUCACACAACA